AUGACUCGAGUCUAUGUUACGAGAUGUUUGCCUGAGGAUAGUGCUCGCCUAUUGCAGAAAGAUGGCAUCAACGUCGUCAUGAGAAGUACUGAUGAUGCUAUACCAAGACAAGAAUUAUUAGACAAUAUUCCAGGAUGCGAUGCACUCAUUUGUAUGCUGACGGAUAAAGUUGACAAAGAUGUCCUAGAUGCAGCAGGCAAGCAUGAUACUAAAUUAAAUCAUUUAACAAGUCCAAGUUUAAAGGUUAUCGCUACUGUUUCAGUUGGUUUUGACCAUAUUGAUUUGGAUGAAUGUAAAAAGAGGAAUAUCGUUGUCAGUAACACCCCAAGAGUGUCAACAGACGCAGUAGCUGAAUUAACCGUAGCCUUACUUUUGGCCACGUCCAGGCGUCUUAUGGAGUGUGCUAAUGCUGUAAAAAAUGGUGAUUGGAAAAGUUGGGGUUUACUUUGGAUGUGUGGAACCGAACUACGAGGCAGUACUGUUGGUAUUUUUGGCCUUGGACGAAUCGGUAUCGCUAUCGCUACACGCUUACAGUGUUUUGGAGUAAAACAAUUUUACUAUACUGAUAUCGUAGAGGUACCUCAAGUUGAAAUUGAAGAUCUCUUAAAAAGCUGUGAUUUCAUAAUCAUCAAUUGCGCAUUAACACCGGAGACAGCGGGCCUUUUUAACGAGAAAGCAUUUGCAAAAAUGAAGAACAAUUGCGUUCUUGUUAAUGCUGCUAGGGGCGGCGUGAUCAACCAGAAAGAUUUAUACCAAGCACUAGUCUCCGGAGCCAUCAAGGGUGCUGGACUUGAUGUAACUGACCCGGAACCAAUGGCGAAAGAUGAUCCAUUACUGACCUUAAAUAACUGCGUUGUUUUGCCACACAUCGGUAGUAAUACCAUGGAAACAAGAACGGAAAUGGCCAGUUUAGCGGUUAACAACGUCUUGGCUGUCUUGGAUGGUAAACCACUGCUAACCCCAGUUCCACGUUAA